AUGGCCCCACAAAUGUAUGCGCAUUGGACUGGUAAAUUUUUCAAUAAUCUCCCAAUGUCUAAUGAUUAUGAAUUAUCAAAAUCACAAUGGGAAAUUAUUGGCGCACAAAUGGAAAAAAUCAAAAAAGAUAUGCCUAAUGAAAUAGGACGCCCUCCACGAGAUAUACUUAAAUAUCAUAAUGGUUAUAAAGCAGUAGAGUGGAGAAACUGGAUUAUUUUAUUUUCAUUACCAUUAUUAAGGAAAUAUUUAAAUAAAAGGCAUCUUCAAGGAUGGUCAAAUAUUGUAAAAGCUGUAAAGCUUUGUUUAGAGCCUGUAAUAUCAGAAGAUCAAGUAGAUGAUGUUCAACAAUUACUUAAAAAAUUCUUGGAUUAUUAUGAGAGAUUUGUUGUUUAUUUUAGAGAAUAUUAUCAGCAUAAUAGUCAACGUUUAACAGCAUGUCAGAUAAGUUUUCACUAUCUUUUACAUGUGGCAAACUGUAUUAAAUAUUGUGGUCCUAGUUGGACACACUGGCAAUUUCCAAUGGAGAAAAUUUGUGAAAAACUACCAAAACAAUGGAAUAGUAAACAGAACAUUAAUAAUUAUGGCAUGAAAUAUGGAAGACUAAGGACAUCAGAUGGGCAUUAUAUUAGCAGUCAUUGGAUAAAAAGAAAGAAUAAGAUCGCAAGAAAUAAUUAUUGUAUUCAGAUAAGACGUACAAUAGAUAAAGUUUCUCAUAGACCAAAUGCACUUCCUCAACUCAUAAUUGUAGAUAUUUAUGGGAUAGUAGAUUAUUUUUUUGUACAUAAAUUUAAUGAUAAAAUUCACAUGCUCGCUUAUGUACAAUUAACAUCAAAAAUAAUAGAUGAUGAAUAUGAAUGUAAAUAUUUUACUCAAUUUAAAUCAAAAGAAUUUAUUGAUGUAAGGUGUGUAGACCAUUGCGUAGGAUUUGCAAAAAUAGAUAACAAGUAUUUUACAAUUGAUAAAGAAAAUGCAUUUGAUGAUGCUAAUUGGGAAAAUCUUGAAUAA